AUGGAAAGUUCGAUGAGGAAGAGAGGACACAAUCAAGAGUAUACAGAUAACUUGUCAGAAGGCGCAGAACCAAAGAGACAGAAGAAGCUUCCAGCUUUGGCAAGUGUCAUCGUGGAAGCUGUCAAGGUAGAUAGUCUACAGAGGCUAUGCUCCUCUUUGGAACCAUUAUUCCGCAGAAUUGUUAGUGAAGAGGUGGAACGUGCCUUAUCUAAGUUGGAGAGCUCCAAAACAACUCCAAGCUCUCAAGAACCAAAGAAGAUUCAAGGCCUUAAUGGAAGAAACUUGCAAAUUCGCUUCAGAACACGCAUGCCUCCUCAUUUAUUCACAGGAGGGAAAGUCGAAGGAGAGCAGGGCUCAGCCGUUCACGUGGUCCUUACAGAUGCAAACACAGGAAACGUUGUUCAAACGGGAGAAGAUUCAACGGCAAAGCUGAACGUUGUCGUGUUAGAUGGAGACUUCAACGAUGAAGAUUGGACGAGAGAACGUUUUGAGAGCUUUGUUGUGAAAGAGCGCCAAGGAAAAAGUCCCAUAUUGACUGGUCACAUUCAUGUGGUACUUAAGGAAGGCGUAGGAACUCUAGGAGAACUUUCUUUCACCGACAAUUCGAGCUGGAUAAGGAGCAGGAAGUUUAGGCUUGGUGUUAAGUCUGCGUCAGGGUUUCACAUACGUGAAGCUAAGACUGAGCCUUUUGCUGUUAAAGAUCAUAGAGGAGAACUAUACAAGAAACAUUAUCCACCGGUUUUACAUGAUGAAGUCUGGAGAUUGGAUAGAAUAGCGAAAGGUGGAGUCCUACACAAGAAGCUAGUAAAAUCUAACGUCAUUACUGUUGAAGACUUUCUUAGGAUACUUGUGAAGGAACCACAGAAGCUAAGAAGUUUACUUGGGAGUGGAAUGUCAAAUAGAAUGUGGGACAACACGGUGGAGCAUGCAAAGACUUGUGUAUUAGGUGGGAAGCUUUACGUUUAUUACACAGAGCAGACACAUAAUAAUACAGGAGUUGUCUUCAAUCAUAUAUAUGAGUUCCAAGGCUUGAUUGCUAAUGAUCACUUCUUGUCUCUAGAAUCUCUUAACCAUGACCAAAAGAUAUCUGCAGACAUUAUGGUGAAGGCUGCUUAUGAGAACUGGCACAAAGCUGUUGAGUAUGACGGUAAGCUGUUGAAAUGCUUACCAGAGGCAAAAAGGGCACAACCCCAUCAGGAGACUGUGCAGUGUCAUCAGAAUGUAAAUAGCUACUCAGCCAUUCCUCAGCAACAGAUACAGUAUCCAUGCAAUCAGUUAGGAGACUACACAUUAAUGGAGGGUUCCUCAGUUUCAGGCUCAGACAAUGGAGUAGACCGUGAAGAUGUUUUCACAGAGGAAAUUAGGGUGAGGAGUUCAGAGAUGCUUGAGAGCGAUGAUAUGCAGAAGUUGCUCAAGACAUUUGGGAUAGCAGGCGGGUUUACUCAUAUUGAUGAGUCGUGUUACGGUUUUAACGAUCGGUAUGAAGCUCAGGUAGAUAAGGGUUAUGGGAGAGAACGAGGGAGAGGCUCAGGGAAAGCUGUGGUGGGUUGGCUUAAGCUUAAAGCUGCUUUGAGAUGGGGUAUCUUUAUACGCAAGAAAGCUGCACAGAGGAGGCCUCAAAUUGUGGAGAUUGACUAAGGAGAGCUGUAAAUAUUAUGGGAGCUCUUUGUGAAAAAAGACCAAUCUAGAGUUGUGACAUAAAGAGAGUAAUGGGACUUUGAAAUGUAAUGUUUUAUUUGUUUGCUUGUUUGUGUUAUGUUGUUUAAUUGUUCCAUCCUGGCAUUGAACAUUGGACUGGUCUAUGUGAUUACACACAUCUUGUUCUC